UAAACUGAAGGAAGAAAAAGAAGUUUCUACCCGGACUUGGAAUACGAUGCACACUAAAACAUGGCGGCCAAUAUAGAGCAGAUUUUCCAAGAUUUUAUAUUGAAUAAAAUCAGAGAAAUUGAAGAUCAAAAUGAAGACAAAUCUGCUGCUGACAGAGUGGGUGGUGCCAGUGAAAUGGAUGGAGCAGAAAAAAACAUUUCCGAAAGAGAAAAAUGCGACGACGACUUCAGACGCGGUGGUUCACAAAAAAAACACAAGAAGCACAAAAAACACAAAAGUAAAAGGAAGAGGAGGAACCGGGACCGGAAGGAGAGCAGUACAGAGUCUGGGUCCGAGCUGGAAAAGGGAACCAAACGUCACCCAAGAAAAGGAACACCAACCAAGGCAAAAAAGGUGAAAGGUGAUCUAGAUCUUGACUGUAAGCCCAGAUGCCACAAGCAGCACUCAACUGGAAAGCGGAGGAAGAAGAAGAAGAAGAGGAGGAGGAAAAAUGAAGAGUAUUCAUCUGAAUCAGAUUCAACAUUCGCGUCAAAGAGGAGGGACGGUGGACAUGGUCAAAGCGUAUCACUAAGAUGUCAAGAAGAACUGCCAGAUAUAAUCCCCAAACAGGACAGUAAAGGAAGAGGAGACGAGGAAAGACAUGGCAGGAUUAGCUGUCAUUCACCGUUACAUUCCUACUCUCAAUCACAUUCCUGCUCAGUGAAGAGGAACUCUCACUCUAGGUCAAGACAUGACCAUCAAAGAUCUCGGACUCGUUCUCUGUCUUGUCCCAGGUUUGACAUGUUGACUGGUAGCUCCUCUGAAAAAAAGGAGAAUUUGGAUGAAACCAGACAGCCCGUCCCAUGUCCUUCAAAGUACGUCCAUUCACCUCCGCUGCCACUUGACUGCACCCGAAGAAACAGCCAAGCAGACGAUCAGACCCAGUCAAGAAUAGCAGAGCUGGAGAGCCCUGUCCAGAGUGGAAAGCCGACAGAAGAAAGAGAAAAGACAGCAGAAAAACCAGGUUCUAACACAUCACAGUCCAUGUUGAACCAGUCCAUAUCUACUGAACCUGAACAAACUUCUGAGCUUAGCUUCUGUCUUUAUAAAGAAUCAGAAUCCUCCAAGUCCUUUGCUGCCACAGUUACAUCACCAGCAAAGAAGAAAAGAAAACAGUCUCCACAGAGUAACAAAGAAGGGAAGACAUCAGUAAAGGAGAAAAGAUCCAAGUCACCACGCAGGACCUACAAGAAGAGAUUGCGAUCCAAGAGCCCUUCAGUGAAGAAGAGAUCACGGUCAAGGUCAGGGGGCCGGAAGUCACGGAGGUCACGCUCACAGUCAGGGUCACGGAGUCGGAGGAGGGUCACAUACAGCCAGAGGGACCGCUGGAAACGGGAGCCAAGUCACUCCCCAGUACUCAUCCUUCGCAAAAAUAGAUCCCCCUCCCGGAAACACUGCAGUUCAAGUAACAGUCCUCAACGGAUCAGUGAACUCGAUAAGGACCAGUUGUUGGAAAUUGCCAAGGCCAAUGCUGCCGCAAUGUGUGCCAAAGUUGGUAUGCCUAUCCCAGCCAGCCUGAGGUCAGCAGUGCUUCCUCUGGUGCUGCCAAGGAUGGCCAUGAAUGCUGCAAUGGCUAGUAUGACUGCUGCUACUGUGACAGCAGCCUUGUCUAACAUGGGAACUUUGUCUUCAUUGCUCCCACUGCCCUCCAUUACCAACAAGCCACCACUUGUCCCAACACAACCCAGCUUCGCUGCUUUGGAGGAAGUGAAGAAGAAGGUAGCAAAGCAGGUCAAGACCAUUGGCAUUAAGGAGUUUACUGAUAAAUGCCAGAUGAUUGUGGACAGUACAGCAGAGCUGCCAGUGGCUGAACCACAUGUCUCAGAUGAAGAGGACAAUGGAAAACCCUUUGGAGGAUCAGCUCUUCGAGAACAAAAAGUCAUCAGCUUCAGUAUUAAUAACACAACUGUUCGCCCAGCACUGCGUAGUGAUGCGGGCAUGGCCAAGGAGUUUCCAGUGUCAUCAGGAUCACAACAUCGUAAGAAGGAGGGAGAGGGACUCGGUGCUUAUGGAGAAUGGGUUCCAGUUGACAAAACAAAAUACAAGUCUGCAGCUGUCUCCAGAACUGUACUGACAAAUGUUUCAAUAGCGACAGCCUCCUUGUCAUCAGUUGAAGCUGGAGCAGGGCCAACAGAGGAUCUUGAACAGCCAGUGGUGACAGAUAAUGACAGUGUUUUUCCUGAGACAUCAGUGCAGCCAGUAGAUAUAACUCACGCUGUAACUGAGAGAAUCAAAGCUCAGAGGCGACUGGCAGAGAACCCCUAUGACAUCAAUGCUAUCUGCAUGCUCAGCCGGGCACAAGAACAGGUAGAUGCAUGGGCCCAAUCUAACACUGUCCCUGGCCUUUUUACUGGUUCAACUGGAGCCCAGGUCCUCAGUUCAGAGGAGCUGUCUACUAGUGGACCACAAGCAUGGCUGAAGAAGGACCAGUUUAUGAAGGCGUCUCCAGUAUCAGGGGGAGUUGGAGAGUUCUUGAUGAGAAAAAUGGGCUGGCGGACGGGAGAGGGCCUAGGGCGGAACCGAGAGGGUACCGUGGAACCAAUCGUUAUUGACUUCAAAGUUGACCGCAAAGGUCUUGUAGCUGAAGGAGAGAAGCCACAGAAGCAAACAGGAGGACUGGUAGUAACAAAGGAUCUAAUGGGGAAGCACCCAGUGUCUGCUCUCAUUGAGUUAUGUAACAAGAAACGGAUAAUGCAGCCAGACUUUGUCAUGGUUCAUCACAGUGGUCCAGACCACCGCAAGAAUUUCCUUUUCAAGGUCACAGUGAAUGGUAUGGACUACCAACCCCAUACGUCUAGUCCCAAUAAGAAGCAUGCCAAGGCCAUGGCAGCCACAGUCGCCCUACAGGCACUGGGAGAGGUUCCUGUUGAUGGUCCGGGACUCUACACUGGCCCUGUCUUCACUGCUGCUUCCACUGGCCCCCUGUUCUCUACAUAAACAUAAAAUAGAACAAUAACAGCAGAUAUCCUGACUUGUUACAGUAAGGAGAACCUGUGUAUUAUUGAUGGCAGCAUUCCACUUAAGGGAGAUCCUGAUUUUGUGCAUAGUUUUUCACCACUAUAACUUAAUCCUUAAUGGAACUAAGCCAUUACUUAAUAUACUUGUGCUUUUUCUGGGCAAACAUCUACUUUCAAACAGAUCUGUUUGACAUAGUUCAACUAUUUGACCCAAUGUAUUUUGUAUCCCAUUAAAUAACCCAUCCAUCAUUUCCGCACUGGCGCCCUAUUUUAUCUGUUGAGAAGAAAUUCUCAUAAAAUGCACUGCGGUUCAGAGUAACUUUGGAGUGAAGCAACUUUUGACCAAGUAUGUGGUCAUAAAAGUUUAGGAACCUUUAGCUAUGUAUUUUUGCCAGGUGAUUAGGACUGUUAAAGAGUCAGCAUGAUUAGGACUGGGAAAGAGACAACCCAAACCGGAGUGAAUCAUGUAUGUAAUGUAUGUAUGUAUGUAUGGUAUAGUAGAAUUUUAUCUAAUCUGUGUUGCGGACCAAGACUUAAGUCAAAUCCAAGAACAUGCACAGUUUCUUUGCAUUGGAGUUGUUGUUGAUCACAGCAACAAUGAGAUAAGCUGGUCAAAAAAGAUAAGAGAUGAAGGUUUAUUGUUCAACUAGAUAUUUUAUUUGUGGCCUGUGUUUUAAAAAUGCUUAACCUACAUUAGUUGUAGUUGUUCAGACUAGCUAUUUGAAAAAAAUAUUGAAAGAGAAAUAAAGAUUAUAUUUAUAUUA